AUGAUUGGCAGAUUAACCCCUAUCGUCAUCGCCAUUCUGACGCUAAUACCGCAGUCAACUGCCAAAUUCCAAGAUGACUGCCUCGCUCUCAACCCUCAGUUGACGGUUUCCAACUCAACCGCGAACCUGCUGGCCUACGUGACGUCUGGCAACACCCUCACCUUCCCCGAUCAGGAUGCUUCCUGCAACCGAGGAAGCCAAGUUGCAAGAGCGAAUCUGUGUCGUGUUGCUUUGAACAUCUCAACAUCGGCCAGAUCAGAAGUCGUGGUUGAAGCAUGGCUGCCCGAAGACUGGAACGGCCGUAUGGUGACCGUGGGUGGCGGGGGUCUUGAUGGGUGCGUUCACACCGAGGAUCUCGCAUAUGCCACUGCCCAUGGCUUAGCCGCUGUGGGUACGAACAACGGACAUGUUGGUACUACCGGGGUGCAGUUUCUCAACAACGAAGAUGUGGUGAUUGAUUUUGGAUGGCGAGCACUUCAUGUUGGCGUUGUCGCAGGCAAACAACUUUCGCAAUCACUGUACAAACGCGAAGCAACAGGGUCGUACUAUUUAGGGUGCUCACUGGGCGGACGUCAAGGCAUUCAAGCCGCGGAUAUGUUUCCUGAUGAUUUUGAUGGCAUUGUGGCCGGCGCUCCUGCGGUCGACUUUAACAAUCUCUACUCACACAGAGCCAGCUUCUUCCCUCUCACUGGGGCUACCGACUCAAAGGAUUUCAUCACUCCAACGAUUUGGAAGACUGCUAUUCACGACGAGGUGCUAAAACAAUGUGACAAAAUCGAUGGCGUGGAAGACGGCAUUAUAGAAGAUCCAACCUUGUGUCAUUUCGAUCCGGAGGCUCUACUGUGCAACGGCAAUUCUGCUGUUGGCAACACUAAUUGUCUUACUACUACUCAAGUCGAAAUUGUGAGGAAAAUAUUCAGUCCCACUCAUUACGCCAACGGAAGCUUCUUCUCGCCGGGUAUGAACCCUGGCAGCGAGCUCAAUUCCGCCGAUGGUCUUUAUAGCGGCAACCCAUUCGCCUUCUCUCAAAACUGGUUCAGAUAUGCUGUUUAUAACAAUCCAGCAUGGGACCCGGCGACCUACACGCUCGAAAAGGAUGGCGUCUUUGCUGAACAGCGGAAUCCCGGCAACAUCAGAACGUACCCCAAAGACUUGUCAGCGUUCAAGAACAAGGGCGGGAAACUCUUGAUAUACCAUGGUCUACAGGAUAACCAGAUUUCAAGCUUCCGGACGCCUAUCUUUUACGAUCGCUUGGCUCAGGGUAUGGGUCUGCAGAACCCCGAGAUGGACCAGUUUGUGCGCUAUUUCCAGAUAUCGGGUAUGAUGCACUGCACAACAGGCCCUGGAGCAUGGAUCAUUGGCCAGGGAGGCGGUGCUGCUGCUGUUGCGGACAACCUCCCUUUCGACAAAGAGCACAAUGUCCUUGCCGCUGUUGUGGACUGGGCCGAGAAUGGAGUUGCCCCUGAAACCGUGACAGGGACAAAGUUUGUUAAUGACACUGUUAGCCUGGGCAUAGAUUUUCAACGUCGGCAUUGCAGAUACCCUUUGCGAAAUGUAUAUCAAGGCAAUGGUUUAGACCAUAGGAAGGUAGAAAGUUGGAGCUGCAAAGCUUCGUGCUGA